AUGAAAUUCUCGUAUAAUCCAUCUACAAAGAAUGUAAGGAUACCGGGAGAAGAGAACAUUCGCUCUUCAUAUUUUCGAAACGAGACCGCGAGAUUCAGCAAUGGCGAGAUGUACUGCUCAGCCAUUGUGACAGUCAGCGGAUGGACUGGGAAUAGUGAAGUUUUCACCUACGACCCGAAGAUGCAAUACUACCUCUUCUUGGCCACAGGACAAGCAGUAUCUUCAGGUCUCACUCAACAUACGAGGACUGCUAUAUCGACUCCCCGGAAACUGUCCGACUACAGCGCUGAUGCAUCAGGAACGAGUGGUAUGAGCGCAACCGUCAAGCAGCGGCUCAUUAAAGCACAUGGUAUAUUUGGAGCUUUAAGAUUUUAUCACUUCAAUUAUUCAGAAGUAUGA